GCAAGGCGCUAUUGUGCUAUAGUCCAAUUCGAAUGUUGUCCCAUCACGAAACUACCUCGAAAUUUCUAUUUUUUCUUUAGCGGAAACAAGAACGAAGUGUCCCGCUGCCUGAGCCACUGGAAAUCUUUAUUUUUUCUCGUAAAAUUUGGUGAUAUAAAGUUAGUGAAAAUAGGAACCGCUUGCAGUAACACCAUGGCCGUAACAAACGUGACCAGUGCCGAACAGUAUCAGAAGUUGAUAAGCGCUCCUUCCGUCUCCGUGGUGCUGUUUAGUGCUGAAUGGGCUGAACAGUGCAAACAAAUCCUGUCGGUACUAUCGGAGAUGUCCAAACAGGCGACAUUCAGUGGGCUACAGUUCUUGGAUGUUCCGGCUGAGGAGCUAUCGGAAAUUUCCCUGAAACAUCAAAUCGAUGCGGUACCAACGGUUAUUUUUUUCAAAUCUGGUUCAGCCGUAGAUCGCAUCGACGGAGUGGACAUUGCGGCAUUGACUGCCAAAUGUCGCAAGUUCGGAGGAGCUCCAUCAAGUGCGGCGGGCUCCCUGGAAGAUCGCCUCAAAGCUCUUAUCAACCGGGGGAAGGUCAUGAUCUUCAUGAAAGGAGAUCGUAACACGCCUCGAUGCGGGUUCUCCAAGCAGCUGAUAGCUAUCAUCAACGAAACUGGGGUUCAGUAUGACACGUUCGAUAUUCUAACAGACGAGGAGGUGCGACAGGGACUGAAGACAUACUCGGAUUGGCCGACUUACCCGCAGGUUUACGUGAAGGGCGAGCUCAUUGGUGGUUUAGAUAUCAUCAAAGAGUUGUUGACUGCCGGAGAACUACAAGCGACUUUAAAUGCUGAAUAAAAUGUUGCUUAGAAAUUCUUUGGUGCUUUUGUCUUAGGUUUGAGUUUUGUGUUUGAAUGGAAAGCUUCAAGACAGUAUGCUCAAUAUGUUUCGUUAUGAUUACUCUAAUAAGUGACGAUAUAGAUUUU